AUGACACUUGAAAUAUGGCAGGAUUUGGUUCAGAAAAAGCAAGCUGAUGUCGCUGCUAGGAUUCCGGCUGCCUGGCGUCUCUCUGCUGAGUACACCAACAUCUCAGAGACAGCCAACACUAACGUGCUCGAUGUACCACGUCGCUGUGGCAUACUGUCCCCUCAGCAGAUAGAGAUCACCGAAAACUAUGAUGCCACGGAUCUUUUGGAGAUGAUCCACAACCAGAAGCUCUCCGCUUAUGAAGUUACCGAGGCCUUCUGUAUACGUGCAGCCAUUGCGCAGCAGGUGACAAACUGCCUCACAGAGACUCUCUUCGAUAAAGCUCUGGAGCACGCCAAAGAGCUGGAUGAGCACUUGAAGAGCACUGGUAAACCAAUUGGGCCGCUUCAUGGUCUACCAAUCAGUUUCAAAGACUGUUUCAACAUCGAAGGUGUCCCUUCUACCAUCGGAUUCACAUCUUUUAUCGAAAAUGGGCCCAUGAAGUAUAACUCGAGUGUCGUCCAAAUUCUGAAAAAGCUCGGAGCUAUUCCAUACGUGAAAACGAAUAUUCCGCAAACCAUGAUGGCGGCCGACUCUCACAACUACAUUUUUGGUCGAACCCUCAACCCCCAUCGGUCAAGCCUCACAGCUGGCGGAUCGUCUGGGGGUGAAGGUGCUUUGAUUGCGAUGCGUGGCUCCGUAUUGGGGAUUGGCACUGAUAUCGCUGGCUCAAUCCGAAUUCCGGCUAUUUGCAAUGGCACUUUCGCUCUGAGGCCCUCUGCCGAUCGCAUUCCUAAUGGUGGUCAGACUGGAUCUGGGCGGGACGGCUUAGCGGGAAUUAAAGCGUGUGCUGGCCCCUUGGCAACUUCGGUGCGAGAUCUGGAACUACUUAUGCGGGUUGUGACCCACGAAGACCCUUGGCAGGUUGACUCAACUGCAAUCUUCUCACCUUGGCGUGCUGUGACACCCAAGUCGACCCUUCGGCUUGGGCUCAUUCAAGAGGAUCCCAAUUUCCCACUGCACCCACCCAUUCUUCGGACUUUAACCCAAGCUGCCGAACGUGUCCGCCAAGCUGGACAUGAGAUCGUUCCCUUGUCUACACCUUCAAUCCGGGAUGCUUGUGCAUUGGCCUUCCGUAUGUUUGCUAUGGACCCGGCCAAAACCGCGUUUCAACAUAUCGCCAGAAGCGGAGAGCCAACUAUACCAGCACUAAGCUCAACAGACCUCCCUCAUGAGUAUAUGCCAUAUGAGUAUGCCCCGUUAACGCUUGAUGGUCUUUAUGACUUGACUCAGCAGCGGAACAAUCUGAAAGACCAAUUUCGCGCUCUCAUUACACAGAACAAUGUCGACGCAAUUAUUCUGCCAGGCUAUCAAGGCACUGCUCAAAUCCAUGAUCUUUAUGGAUUUCCUCUCUAUACAGUUCUUUUGAAUGUGUUGGACUAUCCCGCGUGUAUCAUCCCAUUCGGGAAAGCAGAGAAGACCGCAGAUUUAGCUUUUACUCGUGAUGUUCAGUACAAGCCACCUUUUUCACAUGAAACAUUUGAAGGGGCGCCUUGCUGUAUCCAAAUUGCUGGAAGACAUAUGCGUGACGAGGAGCUCGUUCAGGUCGCCCAGACAGUUGCAAACAUUCUUGAAAACUGA